UUCGCCAAUCGGCAUACCGGCCAAACCAGAAAACUGCAUGUUCUUGCCCAUUCCAUGUGAUGUAAAAUACUUUGAUGCAGAGAGAAGUGGACUUAAUCUGCUUGCCUCUACGAUGAAUAAUCCAGACAGGACAACAUCGCUAAUUUCUGACAUGGAUAAUCUGGAAAAUGCAAUAGUUUCAGUGCAGGAAAUGUUAGAAAGAGUUAAUGAUUAUGUACAUAAAGUAAUAAACGGUGAAGUGGUUCCGAAUAAUACAAUCGGACGAUUCUUAAUGGAUACCAUUUCAGUUGUGCCAAAGAUUGAUAAAACGGAAUUUGAAAAGAUGUUUAAUGGUCAUCUACAAGACAUGCUAAUGGUCGUAUACUUGGCCAACAUUACUCGAACACAACUUGGCAUAGCAGAGAGACUUCAACUGCUU